CACUGCUCGGCGGAGUUCACAUCUCGCCAUAAAUGCCCUCUUGCUGGAGGAGCUACAGAGUCUCCUUAAUAACUUUGAACUGCUAAAGCAAAAACCACAGGUCAAUGACAAACUCCAACACCAGAAGAAACCCUCCAGCGGUUCCCUCAUCAACAGGCGCCAAUUCAAUACCCAAAGUCCAGUACCCAAAGGAACUCAUCAGCUCGUACGGCGCAGCGUGCGAGUCCAACCCGGAUUUGCGAACCUUCGAUGCUAACCUCCAAGUGAGGACGAACCAAGUCCUCAGCACUCUUGCUUCCGGGGUUGAUGUCCAAGCUCUCUCACUGGAUUCUCUGAAAGAGAUAACGGAGUGCCUCUUGGAGAUGAACCAGGAAGUGGUCAAGGUCAUCUUGGAUAGCAAGAAAGACAUCUGGAGAAAUCAAGAGCUGUUCGAGCUUGUUGAGUGCUACUUCAAGGAUAGCUUGCACACCCUCGGUUUCUGUGCUGCCCUUGAGAAUUGCUUGAAGCCUGCGCUCGAUGCCCAUUUGCUGUUUAUCGCUUCGCUUCAUUGCUUCAAAGAAGAAGAUGGGGAGGGUUACUCAAAGAUCUUGGAGGAACUGACAAAAUUCAAGGAGACCAGAGACCCUUUCCCCAAAGAGUUCUUCGUGAUCUUUCAGACGAUUCACAAGCAACAGAAGUCCAUGGUCAAGAAGUUGCGGAUCAAGAAAAAUGAGAUUGAGAAGAAGCUCAAGACCAUACAGACGUGGAAGAAAAUCUCAACCAUGAUACUGGUUGCAAUUUUCGCAGCCAUUCUGAUCUGGUCGGUCAUGACUCCAGCUGUGGCUGCUACACCAGUCACUGCCGCCCUAGCGGCUGCAACCGCCAUUCCCAUGGAUGCCAUUGGCAAGUGGAUUGACUCCCUUUGGAAGAUUUAUGAAAAUGAACUGAAGGGAUGGGAGGAGGUGAUCACCUCAAUGCAAACCGGUACCUUUGUUGCUCUCAAGCUCCUUAACAAAAUCAGAAGCAUCGUUGACCCUUUGGAGGUACAGACCAAGAGGCUUUUGCAGAAAGCUGAUUUUCCGAUUGAGGAGGGAGCAGAAGCAGUAAAGCUCGGAAUAGCAGACAUCAAGAAAAAGCUGAGAGAUUUCGUGAAGGCGGUUGAAGGACUGGGAAAACAUGUCGACAUGUGCAACCACAAUAUCCAGAAAUCAAGGAUAGAGGUGCUUCAGAGGAUUAUAAAGCCCCCCACCAAUUGCAACGGUGCCCCUAUAUUGCUAUAG